AUGUCCUACAAUAGACCCCCACCUCAGCCUCCGGCUGGCUAUCCUCAAGGUCACUCUCCCUACCCUCAGCAGGGGUACGGACAUCCUCCACCAGGAGCUCCUCCAGGCGCCCCUCCCCAAGGAGGAUAUUACCCUCCUCCACAACAGGGCCACUAUCCUCCUCCUGGCGGUCCUCCUCCCGGUCAGUACGGCGGUUAUCCUCCUGGACCACCUCCUCCCGGUCAAGGAUACCCACAACACGGAGCCUACCCUCCUCCGCAACARGGCGCAUMCCCGCCUCAACAAGGAGGUUAUGGUGCGCCACCACCAGGACCUCCCGGUCCAUACGGAAAUCCCGCCCCCCCAGGUCCUUACGGAGCCCCUCCUGCCCAGCCUGGAUACGGCGCACCCCAACUCGGACCACCCGCUCAGCCUUCAUUCGGAUACAUCCCAGGCCAGACCGCGCCAGGCGACUUCAAGCCUCAAGCCGACUCGUUGCGCAAAGCCAUGAAGGGAUUCGGUACUGACGAAGCCACUCUGAUUCGUGUCCUCGCUCCCCUCGACCCUCUCCAAGUCGCCGCUGUUCGAGAAACAUACMCCCGACACAUCAACCGCGAUCUAUACAAGGACGUCAAGAGCGAGACGAGCGGCUAUCUCGAGCAGGGACUAUUAGCCGUCAUCGAAGGCCCAUUGAACCACGACGCCGAACUCGUGCGCGAAGCCGUCAAGGGUCUAGGCACAAAGGAAUGGCUACUAACCGACGUGCUGGUGGGACGCUCAAACGCCGAUCUGCGCGAGAUCAAAAAUGCAUACCAGCGCAAAUUCAACCGCAGUCUUGAAAAGGAUGUCGAAGAUGACCUGUCCGCCGAGACGAAGAACCUCUUCAAGCGCAUCAUUUCAGCAACUCGUCAUGAAGAAUCAACACCGCUCAACCCGGCAACUAUCGAGAGCGAAGUUAAGAGUAUCCACGGCUCAACAGCGGGGCGAAUCGUGAACAACGUCGCUGAAGUCUGUGCCAUUUUCGCGCAAUCCUCCGACAACGAAUUGCGGGCUAUUUCGCACAAGUUCCAUGAACGCUACCAGGUUGAACUCGAGAAACACAUCGCAAGCCAGUUCUCGGGACACAUGAAAGCCGUGUUGAUUCACAUGUUGCGUACAGCCACGGAUCCCGCACACCGCGACGCAGCUCUUUUGGAAGAGGCCAUGGCCGGCCCCGGAACGAAAGAUUUUAUGCUGGUCACUAGGGUCGUGCGCUUGCAUUGGAACAAGCAGCAUCUCGACCAGGUCAAGAAAGCCUAUCAACACCAUUUCAAGCGCGACUUGCAUUCGCGGGUGAAGGGGGAGGUUAGCGGCGAUUAUCAGAAGUUGAUGUUGGCUUUGUUGGGUUAUUAG